AAGGGAAGCCAGUGUGUUUCCUCCCCUUCUUUGUGUAAAGGAAGUUAGAAAAUAAGCAUCGGCGGCGGAGGGACCAGACUUGGACACCUCUUCUUCUUCUUUUUCUUCUUCUUUUUUUUUGUUGCUGCUUUUUGUCGCAGAGUCCACCCGCCUGCAGGCUGCAGAAGAAGAUCCACGCUGUCGCCAUGAAGUCCAUCAGGGUUUUCAUCCUGCUGCUGCUGCUGGGAUCAGCCUCACCAGUUGCAUCUGAUUCAACCACAAAUCCUCCAGAGAAGACGUCUGCAGCUCUGUCAAAUGAACCAACGUCAAAGGCUCCAGGAACAACAAUGAAAAGUCCAGCAACAUCCCCAUCUUUAACGACUGCCAACGCACCAGCUCUGCUGACAGCAUCAUCUGUUCCCAGUGGCUCAACCCCGAAACUAUUGAUUGAUCCCACAUCUUCAACCAUUACGACGACUGCUCAGCCUCUCAGCCAAAACACAACAAAUACCAAUGAAACCAUCAACCAAACUUUGACACCCACUGCAAGUCCUGCGUCCAAAACCGCGUCUACAUCAAGCGCCACAAAAGCGACUGCAGCCACGACACCAAAUGCGACGACCCAGAAACCAGAGCAGAAACCCAGUGAAAGGCAGGAAAAGGAAGCAUCUGAGCAGAAAGCUGCCGGUUCAGACAAACGGCUGUGGUGGCUUCUUCUGCCCGCUGCCCUGGUCGUAGGUGUAGCCGCUCUUUUCUUGAAAUUCAAAAGUAAGAAGGUCCACGAUCACACAGAGACCAUCGACACUGGAACUGAGAAUGCAUCGUUCCAGAGCAGGCCGGAGAGCAGCAAAGAUGGAGUCAUGCUCCUGGGAGUGAAGUCAUCAGGCGGCGAAGAAAAUGCAGCUGCCAGAUAAGGAGAGGAAAGUCUAAAUCUGCACCUCCAACGUACUGCUGACCUGAAGCCAACGACUGAGUUUUGUUUUUUUUAAUACUUUUUAAUACUUUUGCAAAGCAGGGAAAUCUCUGAAACGUGUAAUUUCACACACAGAAAGAGCAACUUGUGCUUCACAACAGGGAUUGUGAGGUUCUGUGCACGUUUUGGUGGAUUUCCCCCACGAGAAACCAGCAAUAAAAUUAAUUCUGCCUGCGUUCGCAUCGCAGCUCCAAGUGACCCGAAGCCGACUUUCGUCGAAUCUGAUCAAUUUUUUAUUAUUUUUUUCUUGCCGUGGUCGUUCACUUCCAAAUAUAUGCGACCUGCGUGUAUUCUCCAGUGUGAACUGCAAACGAAAGUGUCCCGCAUGCGCAGUGGAGGGCGAAAUAACGUCGCGUGGAGACCGUGCUCGCAGGUUUGCCAACCGCCAUGAAAUAAAUGACAAAUAUUUUCUGACCGCCAUAAAGAAAUCAUAUGCAGGUCGCAGAGAAAUAAAUAAAUAAAUCAGAACUGGGUCACCUCGGGCUGCAGAGUGAAUGCAGCCUUAAUUGUCUACAAUGGAUGAGUGUAAGUUUAAAAGUGGUUUUGUUUUCCUGUGAAAUGUAAUAUAUGCUGACAGUUGAUGUCCUGAAGGAUUUGUCAAAGAUUGUGUUGAAAUACCCCUUCACCCAAAGACACUGGAUUUUAAGCAUGCACUUUUACCUUAUAUAUUGUUUUUACCCGGAUUUGUUCAUUUUUAAGCGACUGUCACGAUGUAUCUGGAUAUGUUAAGGAUGAGGAUGAGCAUCCUUAACAUAUUUUUACUUGUUUUAAACAAAAUUAUAACAGAUGAAAAGCUUGUAUUUCAUCCCAGUGUUUUGCAUCUGAAGACAAACACUAAAUAAUGCGUGCUUGCUUUGUGCUGUUUCCUGGUUUCUGAUAAGAACAUCCACUGUGAUCGCCACAAAAAGCAAAGACUAAAUUAGGAAAUGAUGGUUUAUAAUCUUUACUUUUAAGAUGACUGUUACUGCUGUAAAGCUAACUUCUGUCUGCUGUGAAGUUCAGUCCACAAACACAUUUCCUCUGCAGUGCACUUACCUCAGAAUCCUCACCUGUUUAAUAAAAUAAAUCACUUUUUUGUUCAGCCUUUUAUGUUUUUGAUUUAUCUCCUCUGGGAUUUUUUGUUAUUAUUCUAGGGUUUUUUUCUGUUUUAUUUUGGUGUAAUUGUACUUUCCUCAGUUUGAUGCAGAAAUGUUGCUGAAUUUUUCUUCAAGAAACAGAAUGAAGUAACACAAUUAUUGUAUUUACUUUAAAACUUCUGGAACUGCUCUGUGCUUUAUGUCAUGAACUAUCAGCCACAGUUUCAUCAAUAAAAGUUUGGAUAAUGGUU